AUGGCGGCCGUGGCAACAGCUGCGGAGCCGGUGACAGCUGCGGCGGCCGUGGCGCCCGAGGUCAAAAGGGACGGAGAGGACGGAGAGGAGGAGGAAGAGGAGUCGCUGCCGCCGUGCGAGGCGGUGCGCUGGGCCCCCGUCGGGGCGGUGGCGGAGGCGGAGGCCGAGCCGGGGGCGGCGGCCUUCUCGGAAGCGGCGGCGGCGGCGGCAGGGGCGGCGGCCGAGGGCGGGCCUGGGGAUCCGGGCCCGGGCUCCCCGCCGGGCUCCCCGGGCCGCACGCUGCGGCGGCUGCGGGCCGAGCGGCGGCGGCUGGACUCGGCGCUGCUCGCGCUGUCGUCGCACUUCGCGCAGGUGCAGUUCCGCCUGCGCCAGGUGGUGCGCGGUUCGCCGGCCGAGCAGCCGAGGCUCCUGCGCGAGCUCGAGGACUUCGCCUUCCGCGGCUGCCCGCACGUCUUGGGGUACGGGGGCCCCGACGACGACCACGACGACGACCACCCAGACGGCCACGGGCUGCCCCUGGGGGACCCGCCGCGGCUGCGGGGCGAGGAGCGGCAGGUGCGCUGGGCAUCGUCCUUGGGCAUCAGUGAGCAGGAGAAACAAGAACGGCUGGAAACACAACGAGAGAAACAGAAGGAAUUGAUACUGCAGCUCAAAACCCAGCUGGAUGACCUGGAAACAUUUGCCUAUCAAGAGGGCAGUUAUGACUCCUUACCACAAUCCAUGGUUUUGGAAAGACAGCGGGUAAUUAUAGAUGAAUUAAUAAAGAAACUGGACAUGAACCUGAACGAGGACCUCAGCUCCUUGUCCACUGAUGAGCUUCGGCAGCGUGUGGAUGCCGCCGUGGCACAGAUUGUCAACCCAGCCCGAGUGAAAGAGCAGCUGGUCGAGCAGCUGAAAACUCAGAUCCGAGACCUUGAGAUGUUCAUCAGCUUCAUCCAAGAUGAAGUGGGAAGCCCUGGACCGUCAGAUAGUGGGCACUGUGAGUGCAAGACUGGAGGAAAGGCAGUGAAUGGAUCCAUGAGAACUGGCAGCAGCAGCAGACAGCCCCCAGGAAAUAGUAAAACAAAAGCAGAAGAUGUGAAGAGAGCUCGGGAGACUGGGCUGCACCUGAUGCGCCGAGCGCUGGCCGUGCUCCAGAUAUUUGCUGUUAGCCAGUUUGGUUGUGCCACAGGCCAGAUCCCACAAUCCCUGUGGCAAAAAGACCAGGUCGACACAGACUACUCGCCCUUGCUCAAAAAGCUGGAGGUGUCUGUUGACCGAGUGAAGCAGCUCGCCUUGCGACAUCAGCCACACGGCCACGUCAUCACUUCAGCCAACCUCCAGGACCUCUCUCUGGGAGGCAAGGAUGAGCUGACCACAGCUGUGCGGAAGGAGCUGACGGUGGCAGUGAGGGACCUGCUGGCCCACGGGCUGUACCCCUCCUCCCCAGGAAUGAGCCUGGUCAUGGCCCCCAUUGCUUGCUUGCUGCCCUCCUUCUCCUCGGCCCCAGAGGCCAUGCAUCCCUGGGAGCUCUUUGUAAAGUACUACCACGCUAAGAACGGUCGUGCUUACGUGGAAUCCCCAGCCCGGAAGCUCUCCCAGUCCUUCGCCCUGCCUGUUGUGGGAGGCAAUGUGGUGACCCCCAAACAGAGUCUGUUGACAGCCAUCCACAUGGUGCUGACCGAACAUGACCCUUUUAAGCGCAGUGCAGACUCGGAGUUGAAGGCCUUAGUGUGCAUGGCGUUGAAUGAGCAGCGCCUCGUGUCCUGGAUGAACCUCAUUUGCAAAUCAGGGUCACUCAUUGAGACCCACUACCAGCCCUGGAGCUACAUGGCACACACAGGCUUUGAGAGCGCCCUCAACCUGCUCAGUCGCCUUAGCAGCCUCAAGUUCAGCCUCCCUGUGGAUCUGGCUGUGCGCCAGCUCAAGAACAUUAAAGAUGCUUUCUGAUGAAAA